GACUCUUACAGGGUAGGCUGAGAUCAACUUAGACUGCAGCUGCAUUAAUACUGAUAGAAAACAAAUAUCUCCGUAUCUUCAUUGCUGAGAUAUGAAAGAGAACCUCCAGGGAUUUGCCUCUCAGUACUUUUGGCUCAGACAUUUUGUAGAUCCCUGAAGAUAUUUUGGUGCCUAAUUCUACUAAUUUCACAGAGGAAUCAAAAAUAGUUUUGAGUAUUCUUUACUACAACUGCAAUGGUGAACUGAAGAAUUUUUGUUAAAAACAGCUCAUAAAAAGGGAGUAUCUCUCCUCCUUGAGUUUUGACAGCAGCAGUUUACGUACUCUUCAUUUUCUGGUUCCUCUGCUUAACCAACCAACAAAAAAAACUCCAGAAGAUUCAGUGGAAUGAGAAAUUAACAUACAAAGAUGGAAAUUUUGGAAACAAUGCUUUAUAUAGUAAAUCUAUUUGGGGAGUCCAAGAAGCAAAAGCUGAACUUAAAGGUUAGAGCCAGACUUCUGGCACUUCACUCAGAUAGGUCCCCAGGAAAAAAAAAGAGGGAAAUUAAAAGCAGAGCCUUCUUUAUCACUUGCCUUGACCUAUCCAGGCUUCCCUCUUACAAAAGUUUGAAACAAAAAAGAAUAUUUUGAAAGUUUUUUUUUUAAAUACACAUUUAGGAACCCAUCCUCACAAACACCACUUGGAAGUACCUCAAAAUCAAGAUGAGUCCAAUGCUACCUUUUAGCCCCUGGCUUGUAAGAAAGGAACCUUAGUACCUUUAUGUAUGGUACAUCAUACUCCCUUGCUAUUUGGGUAGUCGCUGACUGCACCAAUCCUUCACAAUAGCCAUUGACUUUACACAGAAGUUAGAUAAGCUAAAAAGCUUUAAAUAAAGCAGAACUAAGCCACAAGGGUUUUUUUCCUAUCACAACACCAGGUAAAGCCUGCCUGGAGAUAGUUCAACAUCUUACAGCCCCACUACCAAGGACAUGAAUGUUUCCUGAGUGCUAGUGCUUCCUGGUUUGAGCAGGUGAAUCUGACGAAACUCAACUUCUCUGAGAGUGACAAGGAUGGUCUUCCUCCUUUUGUAAGAACCAUUAUUUCUACAAAAAAUAUUUGGUAUUUCAGCUUUAAAAAUACAAAUGAAUUUUUUCUAAUAUCCAUGCACACUUUAGUGCUUAUUCCACUUAUUAGAAAAAUAACCCUUCUGUGAAGUUAUGUACAAGUGGAUGAGGAUGCAAGGUUUCAGCAAUAGUUCACUUUCAACAGAUAUAUGCAAUUGCAAACCCACAUGCUUGGGUGAAAACCUUAAAAAGAUUCCCAUUUGUUCCCACAGGUUAAGUACUUGUUGAGGGUGGGGAAGGGACAUCAACAGGUGGGAGUUUCCAAAGAAUUUUCAGAUAGACCCAUUAAAAUAAAAAGUUUUCAACACCUUCUUCCACUCCAAAAGCAAACUUCCUUUUCAUCUUUCCUGCAAUUAAAGAAGUUAUAUCUGAGACAAUGUCUCAAGUGUAACACUUCUGCUGCACAAAACUGUAGGAAAGACAGAACUCUUAUCAAGACCACCAAGUACAGUGGACCCAAGGAUGGACCAGCAACUCAGCACCCUCGUAAAAAAUACCCUUAACUAAGCUUCACAAUGUACUGUUAGCACUCUGCAUUUCAGCCAGCAGCAUGGACUCAUGUGCAAGUGAUUUGCCCAGGUCCACGCCGAGGCAUUUAUGCAAUAAACUGAGGCAUUUAUGCAAUCUGAACAGUUUCUUGCUCCCUAGGUACUUCCCCGUGCAGUCACAGUAGGGGAUGUUACCAGCAGUAUUACAAGAUUUUUUUUCCCUACUCCCAGGUGACACAAAGGGAGCUACCUUAAAGAAAUGCAUCUUCGUCAAGAAACACCCAUUGGCAUCAGACACAGCGUCACCUAUACUCUAAUUCAGCUCUUUGCUUCUUCCUCCACUUUGCCUUUAUACUUCACACUCAGCAUUACAAAGAACAAUGUCACCGAGGCAGGAAAAGUAUUCAUGAAAAGUGCAAGAGCAAAACCAACGCUCCUACAAAUAUUCUUUAUUGAGCUUUUAAUCAAAAUUAGAGUGUAUCAUAAAAUAAACAUAAGAAUGGCCUCCCAAAAUGCUGUCAGCCUGGUUCAAGCUACACCAAUUCACAACAGGUCAACGAUGCAGAAUUUAAAGGCAUAAAAGGACAAGCCUGCUGUUUUUAACUUCCAAUCAAUUUUAAGAUUCUAGCUCUCAUAACUGAGGAUAAUCUCCAAAAUAUGUAACAAACUGAAAGCAUAUAGAGUUCCCUGUUCACAAAAUGCAUGAAGCUUGAAACAAUUGUUCAGAAGUUCCAGCUGUCUCAUUCUCCUUGAACAGCCAAAGAGAAUAAUAAAUACUAAUCCCUCUAACUAAUUUUACUGAUAAGCAAAAUAGAUAAGGAAAGAGAGAGGUAAGAUCGCAUUGUGAGAAUGCAGAGCUACAAUACAGCAUUUUCUGCAGUGUUCCAAACUGGAGCACUGGAAAAAGGUUAAGGUAAUUUUUUUUUUUUGAGGAACCAAAACCACUGAAAAAACCCCCACCAGAGUAGAGGCUAAUAACACAAAACACAUUGCAAAUUCCUCCUUCUUGGAAAAGCUGGAAAUUAGUUGUGAACUAAGCAUUGGAACAAGGAAAUUAUUUUCCCGCCUAUGCUACAUUUCAGGUACAGGUUUAGGCAGAUUCCACAGCCUUGAAAUAAUCCCAGUACAGACACACUAAAAAGAACUUAAAAACUAGCACUGGAAACACUCCUUUUAAAGAGUCUGUAUUCCUGUCCUGACACUGGCACAGCAGUCUCUUUCUUCCAACAGACUAAGGAAAGACCUGUGAGCAUCAGAUAGCUAAGUUAAAAAACACCCAACCCCCAAAUUAAUAAAAGCAUAAAACAAAAGCAUCUUUUGAAUGUUCUCUAAUAAGAACUCUGUCUCAGGCCUCAGUUGUGGACAGCAAAAAAAAAAUCUUUUAUCCUUUAUCACCAUAGGUAAAAUAUGGGGCCUACCAACAAUAAUAGGCCUCAAUUUUAAAUUUUGUGACAUUAGGAUAAUCUGAAAUUUACAAAAUUUCAGAAUAAAUGAGAUAAGGAUAAACUGAUAUGGAGAUAACCAUGAACUAAGAGCCAAGGGAUGUUGCACAUGCAGCAGCUGCAAUUCACAAAAACAGGCAAGUAAACAUGACAAGUUGACUUGGAGAGCAUGGUGGUGGUGCAAAAUAGGAAAACAGGCUAUCAGGAACUACGGAGAAGGCUUUUGCCUGAGCAGUGGCAUUCAUGUGAAGAGGCAGAGAGGGAACAGCUGUGAUUUUAAGAGAGCAUGAAUCCAUUUGCAUUUGGACCGAGAUCUGGCUCACCAUCCACGAAUGACGCUUUGCCAAUUCCACAUUGUUUCCCCCCGACCCCCCCGCGGCCCCAAGUCGGUGCCAAGCAGCGCUUCACCGAUGUCCUCGGUGGGACCUGCGGGACACGCUUUCCUCCAACCCACUUCACACCACCUCGGCUUCAGCCCCGCCACCCCGGACCCUUCCUGGGCCGAGCGGAGCCGCGGGACCAGGCACGGCUCGCUUGUGGGCCCUGCCGGGGGACACCGGGCCGGGAGCCCUGCGGGGCCCCGCGCCCGUCCUGGGGCUGCUCCGCGGGCCGAAGGGCGCUCCCUGAAGGGACGCCAAAGACGCGUGUCUGCCUCUUCGCUGUUCCCACGUGCCGCCCCCAUGGCAGCGAUCUACUCCGGGAUUUACCUGAAGCUGAAAAGCGCCAAGACUUCUUGGGAGGACAAACUCAAACUAGCCCGGUUCGCGUGGAUUUCUCACCAGUGCGUCCUGCCUAAUAAGGAGCAAGUUUUACUCGAUUGGGUAAGCCAGGCAUUGGUUUCCAACUACAACAAGAAACAUGAACUGGAGGAUGAAGUUGUUGAAAAACUCUGGGCAUAUCUUGACAAUGUUAUCCAUAGUAAAAGACUACAGGAUCUCUUGAAGAGUGGGAAGACAGUUGGUCUCAGUUUUUCAAUUGCAGAGAUCAUAAACAAAAGGUUAUCAGAGGCCUAUUCUGAAAAAACACAGCAGAACAUUGGCACUGUGCUGAGCUGCUCCAAUGGCAUCCUUUCUACUCCUUCACUGUCCAUCAUUUACACAGCAAAGUGUGAGCUUUUGGUUGAUCUCCUCAGCAAGCUGUCCAAGCUGGCAUGUCAGCAGCUGGCUUCUGAUGAUGCUGUGGGCUCCCAGUUGUUCAGCGUCCUCCAGCUUACCUUUGCUCAGUACCUCCUGAUCCAGAGGCAGCAAACCAACCCAAACCGUGUGUUUGGGCGAGUGACAAGUCACUUGCUCCAGCCAUGUUUGCUCCUGAGGCACUUGCUGACUGUGAGGAGCUGGACACAAGCAGAUGAUAACCAUGUGUGUCAGCACCUGAGCAGAGAAAUACGAAGCCAAAUAGAGACUUUGCUGCAUGCUGGGUUAUUUCAGCCUGAGCUUUUCUCAUCCUACAAAGAAGAGCUGCUGUCAGAGCAGGAAUCCCAGGAGAAGAAGAAAGGAUCUUUGAAAACUCUUUUGCUACCAGUCAACACAGUGCAGACCAAGCUGGGCAGUGACUUGUGUGAACCUGCCCUCCACGGAGCGGUUGUGGCUGGUUCGGUGUCUCUGCUAUAUAAGCUCUUUCUGGACUCGUAUUGUAAGGCAGAAAACCACCUUGUGUGCUUCCACAUGCUCAGCAGGCUUUUUGGCUGUCUCAGGCUAUCUGACCUGCAAGAGGCGGGGAGGAGUGAUACGCUUUUCCCUGUGGACUGGAGCAUGGAACUGCUUGCUUUGGAGCAGCUUCUGAACUUGGUGCUCAGCAAUGAUAUCUAUAAUGUCGCCAGUGACCGUAUCCGGCACAAGGAGGUGCAGUUUGGGUUUUACCGGAAGCUAGCACAGAUGCUGCUGACACACUCCCAAGCUUCCAUCCCUGCUUGGUUCAGGUGUCUCAAACUCCUGAUGUCAUUAAACCAUCUCAUAGUAGAGCCAGACCUGGAUGACUUGGUGUCGUCAGCUUGGAUUGAUGCAGAGGCCUAUGACCCACGUACAAAGAAGCCACAGGAGACUCUCAUCAGCACCAUAUUCCAGAUUUACUCCAAGCUGAGGCAGUUCCCACGGCUCUUUGAAGAGGUGCUGACAGUCAUUUGCCGGCCAGCUGUUGAUGAACUGAGGCCAUCCAUCUUCUCUGCUGGGCUGACAGCAAAGCUUCGUGAGUGCCUUCUUGAACUGCCACCCAACCAGAUCCUGGACAUUCUGUGUCUCUUUGUGGAGAAAUGCCAGACCCUUAUCAUUCCAGCUGUUGAAGGGUCAGUUGACAUAGCCUUGAAGCUGAUGUCAGUGUGCUCAGUGCUGCAUGCUUUUCUGUUCAACAUGAGGAGCCUAGAUGAUGUCACUCCUUCCCCUGUUGUGCUUCGCACUCAGCGUUUAAUGGCAAACAUACAGGAGGGAAUAAUUCAGCCACUGAUGGAGCUGCUGCAAGCUCCUAGGAGAGAGGAAGAAAAGUCAGAGCUUUGGCUAAGAAAGGCCAGUGAUGCUGCUCUCCUCCUUGUUUACACUUGGGUUGAAGUAGACGCUCUGUUUGGUGUUAGCUGCAGUAAAUACAUGUCUCCAACAGCUGAAACUGCUGUUACUGAACCUGCUGCAAGGCACUGGGGCAUUUCAGCUUUUCUGCCUGGUGUGGAGGAGCAGUGUUGGAGGAGAGUUAUGGAACUUGCAAGUAGUUUUGCCUCCACUAGUAAGUACUGCUUAGAACUGCUCACACUUCAGAAAAUGAAGAUGAUGUUAAUGCAGACCAAAGCUGACCUACAGGCCUUGCAUCAUGCUGCAGCUUUCAUCCUGGAGUCUGGGAGGUCUACCAUGAGCAGAGGAGAAUCUGAACCAUGGGAUGGUGAUAUCAGCGUGAUAACAGAACUUAGCUAUCCCACAGCACACUGGCACCUCGUCAUAUCCAACCUGACCAUCCUGUUGCCGUAUCUUUCCUUAAAAGAUGUAGAGUACAUUGCAAAUGUGCUUCUACAAACGUUGAUGACGGCUGAAGCUCAGGAAGCUGCCACAGACCAGGAACCUUCCAUCAGCAUUGCAAAGAUAUCUCUUGGUUUGAUCCACAGCUCUCUUCUUCCAGAAAUGAGGGUCCUGCACUGUGCUUUUCUGACUCAUCUUAUUCAUCAGUUUGCUACGGUGCUGCCCACUUCUACCAGGGAUUCAGUAGAUCUGCCACUGCAGCAGCUGUCUGUGACUAGUAUUCCUUGGCAUGAAGAAAUUCUGGCUUCUUGCAAAACUGUUGAUGCAUUGGAAAACAAAGUGCAGAAGGAUGAGCUGAGCUUGUCUUGGAAAACACUGGAGAAAGUUGCCCAAUGUAUAGCAUUGUUAGCAAAAAAUGGCUGCCCUAUCAUCCUGAAGGAACGUCAGCUACAAAGAUGCCUGGGUUUGUUAGAAAUUGUUUCGCUCCUGAAAUUAGACAGUUUUCUUCCCUCUGACUGUACUCGGUGUUUUCUGGUGCUGCUAUCUCUGCUAGUUAAUACCAGGGCUAGUGUCUCUUGCAGCAAAUUGUUACUGCUGAAGGUUUUAAGUACUUGCCUCCACCUCCUGAGAUGCCUGCAAGCUGGCAGGAACUCCAACUCUGUUCUUAAGGUGUUACAUGCCAGCGAUGUUCUUGAGGCUGUCAUGACCUCCCAGCUUACAGCUUGCAAAUUCUUCACUGAUGUCUUGACUGUUCCUGUUUGGGCACAGUAUGUCCAGGAAGUCCAAGAGUUCUUGGAAAACUUCCUUCAGAUGAUUAUUGAAAGAAGACAAAGUGUGAAGCUCAACUUGGAAAAGUUCAUGUCUUUCCUGGUGAGCUGCAGGCCAGACACAGGUGCAGCCAAAAGCAUAGAGUGGAAAAACUGGAAUCCCGAAGCUGAGCAAUUGCUGCUCACAGCAUUCACCACACUCUGUCAUGUUGUCACACUGCACCUCCAGCAGCUGCCAGAAAAGAAACUGCAUUCUGUGGAUGUGCUGUGUGCUCUGUUGGAACCAGUGGUUCUGCAGAUGGUCAGAACUGUUGAACACGGUCUUCAGAGUAACACCCCAAACCAGCCUUUGCCUGUGGCAUUCAUAGCAUCUGUCAGUACUCUCCUCAAAGCAGAUCUGAGCCAUCCUGUCAAGAAGGACUGGCAGAAGGAGCCCAGUGGGUGUUGGAAGCAGCCCCGUGUUAAACUGUACCAAGAGUUUUACUCUCAGAUACUGAAAGAGCUGCCCUGUGCAGGGAGUAAUCUGCAGUUCCUUCAGCUUGCGUUGCAGUUCCUGACUGUCUUCUGCUCUGUGCCAGCGCUGUAUCCUGAAAAAGAAACUGCAGUCAUGGUUGUUUUUGCUAUAAAAAAGCUUCUCUCUGGUCCUGCAAUUACAAUCCAAGUGAUCCGAAAUAUGGAGAUGGAGCUGACAGAGGUGCUUGUGCAGGUGCUGGGAAACUGCUCUGCCGAGGAGUUUUAUGCCAUAAUGAGGCUGGUGCUGCAGGGACUGGAAGUGAGGAAUAUUUGGCAGCAGAAGGCUAAAGAAGUAUUGUCAGCUGUUUCGCUAACCAAAUUGUUGCUCAGCUGCCCAUUAAGUGGAGACAAAGGGAAAGCUUUCUGGUUUGCCAGCCCACAGAUAAUCACAGCUUUAGCUCUGCAAACCAAAGAGGCCUGUCAGGACCAGGCACUGAUUUCCAUCAUAGUUAUACCUAUUCUAGAGACUGUAUCAGCUCUGCUAAGGCAGGGAGAAGGGAUUCUUGUGAAUCCACAUCACGUUUCAUUGGCAUUCAGUAUUCUUCUGACAGUCCCUCUGGAUCAUCUGAAGACAGAAGACUAUCAUGGUGUCUUCCUGGGGGUCCAUGAAGUGCUCUUCUCUAUUGUGCAGUGUCAUCCAAAGGUGCUGUUGAAAGCAGCACCAUCCUUUCUGAGCAGUUUCCAUCGUCUGGUUGUUUCUGUCAUGCAUGAAGGACGUCAGAAAGGAGACAGAGGCAACGUGGAUGAGUUUGAAAUGAUACUGAAAUGUGCACACUUGGUGGAACGGAUGUAUACUUAUAUUGCUGCAGAAAUGGAGGACUUCACUGUGUUUUCUGCCUUCAUUGUGGCUCACUAUGUCACUGAAUUGCAGAAGGUGACUUUGCAUCCAGCUGUGAAGACACAUCUCACAGAAGGAAUAUAUCACAUACUUGACCUUUGCAUUGAACGGGACAUCAAAUUCUUAAAUGCAUCGCUCCCAGCAGGCGUGAGGCAGGUCUUCAAGGAUCUGUAUGAUGAUUACAACCGCUACCACAAAGCAAAGAAGCAGGGGGAGGAAAAGUACACUGCAUGAUGAAUCCUGCCUGGUGCUGCGUGAUCAGUUAUGAAUUGAUCUUGGAGUGCUCAGAAGAUGCUCAGUUGCUAUUUGGUUUGGGAUAAUGAGUAAAAUCGAACUUGAGGAGGGUCCUAAACAUGGAUUGCAUUUAUCCCUAUACAGCCAGCCUUCAUAACAGGGAAAAAGGGAACUGGGGAGGGAGGGUGUGCUGUGCUCUUGGUUCUGGUCCUGUGUUGUGCCACAAAUGGCAGAACUGCUGUUCCUCUGCUGGCCCCUGGUGAGCUCUCUGGGAGCCUUGGGGAGCUCACUGCAAUUUGGCAGCAGAUGUCAGGCUUCAGGCUUUGGCACAUCUUGUUGCUUUCCUGUGGAAGCAAUAGUCUGGUCUAAAAGCCAGCGAUGGAUAUAACUCCCGCUUUUGCUUACAUGGUAAGCAGAAUUAAAGCAGUUAAAGUGCUUAUUUUUGUACCCUGUUAUUUUACAUUUUGUAACUGAAGAACUUUAUCAAUAUUAUGCAGCCGUACAGUAGGUUACUGUGCAAACCUGCAGAAGUAAAAGUAAAAAAUUUGGAAGAUUGUA